UUUGUUUUGGUUUGUUUUGCUUUUUUUUCUUUUCCGGUUCUUUGGGCGCGAAAAGACUGAGCCGCGCUUUCCGAGACCUGGAAUGAACUGCGUUGAGUGGAGAAAGCGUUUCAGGGACCGAUGGAUGCAGCAGAAGGGCGUGAAUUUUGAGGCUCCCGCGUUUGUGACUAUGUAUCAUUGUAAUUGUGUUGUUUAGAUCAAAAUGCCUGGUAAAGCAAAUGCUUCUAAGAGAAACUCUCAACAGUUAAAGAGAACUUCAAAACAGAGAGCUGAUGAGGAUGGGGAUUUGCCAGAAAAUGAGGUUGGAAUCACAGCAAAAAGAAACAGAAGUCAUGCAGGGCGUCUGUCCUCUAAAGUAUCAGGACAAGCAAAGUGUACUUACCUCAAAUGGAUAAAAAUAGCCUCCAACAAGAGAAGCACCUGGCAGCCUAUUCCAAAGAACACUGGAGAUUAUUUGCAAAGUAUGAUGGAGUCAGUCAUUCUAGAAAUUUUAAGCAAGAACAUUAAAGGAAAAGAACAAAUUCAGUAUCAUCUCAACUGCUUGAAGAAAAGAUUACUACAACAGUGUGGAACCCUGAAAGUCCCUGCCAGAACGCUGAACUAUUUAACUGAUGUGUCAAAUCUGCUGAAAAUUGAAAAGGCACAAGAAAGAGCUAAUGAAGAGGACAUGGCUUUACUGCAGAACGAAAUAGACCAAAUAGUAGCGACCACAGAGUCCAUGGCUGAGAAUAUUCAGAGCCUAAAGAACAAAAUUCAAAUUCUGACAAAUGACGUAGAGGAAGAGGAACAGAAGUUGAAACAGGAAUUCCACGUGGAUACUAAUAAGGUACUGUCUCUUCCAGAACUUUCUCAGAAAAGUCUUAAAGCACCCAUACUUCAAAAAGAAAUUUUGGCACUAAUUCCGAACCAGAAUGCUCUUCUAAAGGAUUUGGUUGUCCUUCAUAAUUCAGCCUCAGUGAAGAACAUGUCAGCAUUCAUUCAAGAAGCCUAUAAGAAACUUGAUCACUCUUAGAGUUGGUUUUGUUUUUGUUUUUAAGCAUUGUUCCAUAUUAACUUAUUGUUUAUGGAUUGUAAAUCUUUUCUUUUUAAGACAGAGCCUCACUCUGUAGCCUGGGCUAGUCCAGUAUCACCCACGUUGGCCUUGAACUCACAGCAAUCCUGCCUCAGCAUCUGAGUGCUGGGAUGACUUGUGUGAGCUGCACAUCUGGCCGGAAGUUAUACAACUUAACUAUAAUAAUACUAUAAAACUGGUGUUUCUGCAGAAAAAUUCCCCUCUGAUAUCCACUAUAAAAAUAGCCUUUGUGGGCCUAUCAUUAGUAUCUAAUGUUCUUAAAAGAAGUCCAUAUAUACUAUGUCUAUAGUUAUUUGCUAAGACCAUGUACUAAGAAUGAUUUUUAAAAUUCAAUAAAAAGACAAUGUUGUAACAGUU